GUAACUUAUAUAAAUAAAGUCGUAUAUAAAUUACGAACCGCUAGUUUUAUUGUAAUUAGAAGUAAUUACACUAAUCACGCUACAUUAUCUUUAUUUAUCUUAGUUGUUAUAUUUAAUUGUUUAGAACUGUGAGAAACGAUUAUAUAUUAUUGAUUUUAUUGACUAAAGCCAGUCAUUUGAUAUUUGAUACAAGGUGUGUAGGUACCUACAUCAGUUUUAUUAUUUUCUCGGUCCAUCUUUUUACAUUGACAAUAUUUAAACGACAGAGUUUGAUGUGGAUGAGCCUAUUUUUACUAGGUACUAAAACUAUAAAGUAUAAAGUCAACAUAACUGCUUAUGUUUUAACACACAGACGAUAUAUUAUAAUAGUGUUGAGAAAAAUAUUGGCUCUGGAAAUCAAUAUAAUUGCCCAAUCACAACAAGCAUGGCAGAUAACGAAACUUUGGAGACCUUUCAAAAAAGCCUUAUUAGCAAAUUCGAGUGCCCUGUUUGCUUUAAAUACAUGCAUCCUCCAAUAAGACAAUGUGUGUCUGGACAUAGCUAUUGCACUUCCUGUUUUGAAAACAUUGAGAACUGUGCUUUAUGUAGAGCUGAGAAGAGCCCUAACCGAUGCAUCCUUUUGGAGCAAAUACAUGAUUCUCUCGCAUUUCCAUGCAAAUAUGUUGACGAGGGAUGUAGUUACAGUGAAAAGUGUGACACACUGACAGUCCAUCAGGAAUAUUGCGAAUUUUCGACAGUUUUAUGCCCACUGAGAAAACAUAACGAUUGCAAAUGGACAGGAUUGCGAUAUAAAAUGAUAGAACACUCCAAAACUGAACAUCUGGGCAAUAUAUUUUUCCGAAACGUAAAUAUAUUUGUCGACGAUUAUAAACGAUCGAAAGGUUACUACUUCCUAGUGUACAUACACGACACUCUGUUCCGUUACUCUUUGAACUUUAAUAAAGAAAGCGGAUUAAUAAGGUGUGCAGCGUACAGUUUAGGAAAACCAUCGUUGGACAAAACUUUUCGCUAUAGAAUUACGUUUUUGAAAAAUAAAAACAAAGAAGCCGUUUGUAUGAGCGGACCCUGUUACCAACUCAAGAAUGAAGACGAAUCCCACAAAUUCAUAGGAAAAAAGUAUUUAGUAGCAAAUUUUGAUAUGAUUAAAGAUCUUGUUGACCAUGAUGGUAAUAUUUAUUGCACAAUAUCAAUUAAUAUUGAUCAAAAUCUUGUUCUACCACAAACUAUUGAAAUUGAGGGGGUCAAACGUAAAAGGGUUCAAGUGCAAGUUUGAUAGUUCUGAGAUAAUCAAUUUCAAAGUUGUUUAAGUUUUAUAAAUUCUGGGAGUCAUUAAACAUCAUGUGACGUGCAAGAUGUAGUAAGUAACAGCAUCAGCUAUUAUCCACAGUGUAACUACAACUGGCACGUUGCAUAAUACUUUUGCAUAAUUAGUCUUCAAAAUUCGGUACAAACCUAAUAGUGUACUUGAAAUUAAUCCUGUAUUAACAUGAGGUUUUUACAGAGUACUGAAAAUAGUUUUGUGGUAAAAUGAUUCAAGCCCACUUACCUACAUCCGUUUACUACUACAGUGGAACCUCGAUAACCCGGAUUAAUCGGGUUAUCGAAAAUCCGGGUUAGCCGGAGAGCAUGGUAAAAGUUAAUAAAAUACGGUAUACUUAUAGAUAAAGUCCGUUAUAAUUAAAAUAACAUGAAAUAUAUUAUAUAUGCACAGUACACAUCAACCUUACCUAUAGUUGUAUAUAGUAUAGUAUAUAGAGUAUUGUUCAUUUCUAGGUAAAAAAACUCAGUCAGUUUCGGUUGUGCCAAUAGGAACGAUGUGAUGUUAUUUUAGAACAUUGGCUCUUUCAUUGUUUAAAAGACCAUUGUAAGAAUUUUUUAAAAGACAGUUGGAAAUAAAUCAAAGAAUAUCAGGUGCCUGUUGUUUGCGAUAGCCCGAAAUAAUGAACGUCGCUCUACCGCCGCAGCCGUGUGCCAUGAGUCAUUUUUACAAUCGUGUAGUUCAAAUUACACAAAUACCCAUUAUCUCUCAAAUAAUAUACUCUGGUGAAAGCGAAGUUUUAUCAAUGAAACUCGAUAUUUUUAAGACAUUCUAGAAGAGGCUACAGAUAAAAUGUUUUAACAUAAUAGUACAUACAUUUUUAUUAUUGAAAUAUUUGUCUGAUGAAAAUCGGUCCGGGUUAGCCGGACUUCCGGGUUAUCGGGGGCCGACUUAUAGAGGUUCCACUGAACUUGUUUUUACAGAAUAUUAAAAAUAGUUUUGUGGUAAAAUGGUUCAAAAACACUUAAACCCGUUUUCUACCAAUGCAAAAUGCAAUUGUUUUCAUUAAAAUAAAUGUAAUGGCGAUAGGUGGCGACUGUAGGGCGAAAUAUGCUUGGUAUUUGGUAUUAUACUGGUAUUAUAAUGGUACCUAUUAUACCACCAACUUACAAUACCAUUUAAGUAUACGAAUCUGUACUUCGAGCAUAUUUUUAGAAAAGUGCACUUAAACCCUUUUACUUCAAACCCCUUCAAUUGAAAGUAAAAAUGAACUUGAAUCAGAGUAAUCAGUAAUAAUUAUUUGUGUCUAAUUUUUUUUGGACAAAUUUGUUUAAAGUUAUCAGCAUCAGCUAAAAACAGAAAACAUACAUAUACUACAUUCGCUCUAUACAGAUUUUUUUUGACACAUUCGGAAUAGGAAACAUACAACACAAAAAUUCCUACCUCACACUAUUAACUGCUAAAAUUAACUCAAAUCAACUUAAUCUUUCAUUAAAAAAAGAAGAAUUAUUAGAAAUAGUGUGAGUGUCUACUAAUCUCGUAAAAUUUUGUGAAGUUUAUUUCUACGAAAUAUUUUUAUUUUGUACAAUAAAUAAUUUUCUCAUUUUUGUUACAUUAUAAUGGUGCAAAUAAAUAAUUAUUCAUUGG